GUAGAAUUCUCUAAGGCUUUAGAGAAGGGGUAUCGUGUGGCCAAAAUCUUUGAAGUGUGGAACUUUUCCAGGAAAUCAGACACACUUUUUAAAGAGUACAUCAAGACCUUCUUGAGAUGCAAGCAGAUGGCUUCAGGCUAUCCUGCAUCGGUCACAGAUCAAGAAAGUAAAGACAAAUACAUUCAAGACUACCAUGACAGAGAAGGCAUACUUCUUGACCCUGACAGAAUAGAGGUCAACAAAACCAAAAGAAAUGUGUCAAAAUUGUACUUGAACUCCCUUUGGGGGAAAUUAGCGCAGAGAUGCAAUAUGCUAACAACUUCGAUCAUUAAAGACCCCGAAGAAUUUUUGGAAUUUGUUUUUUCGGACCAAUACGAAAUUUCACAUUUUUCCUUCUUGAGUCAAGACAUUGCAUUGGUGCAAUGGAGGCGCCACCAAAAGUGGUUUCUACCCCCUGGUAAUGUAAAUGUGUUUCUUGCAGCAUUUACCACAGCCUAUGGCCGACUUGAACUGUACACCCUCAUGGAACAGCUUCAGAGGCGGGUUCUUUACCACGACACAGACUCUGUGGUCUAUGUAAGCAAACCGGGGGAUUGGAACCCCCCACUUAGCAACUAUCUUGGGGGUUUAACUAGUGAACUCGAAGAGGGUGACCAUAUUACAGAAUGGUCCUCAUGUGGUCCAAAAAGCUAUGCUUUUAGGACUAAAGCCAAUCACGUGGUGUUGAAAGCCAAAGGCGUGACUCAAAACUACGAAAAUGCCCCGCGUGUAAACUUGGAAUCAAUCACGCGCUUGGUCGAGGGGUUCGUAAAGGACAGGAAUAGUGACUUGGAGAUUUUGAGCUCCUACAACAAAAUAGUGAGGGUUAAAAAGGGGUUCCAUCUAAGAAACGCACCACUCACUAAAAGAUUCAGGGUAGUCUAUGACAAGAGACAGCUAUUGCCUGACGGUACCACAUUGCCCUUUGGCUACUGACUUAUGCUACAAGCCCCAGUGUGUCUUAAAGCUUAAGAUAUUAUGACUGCUGUCGAGGGUUUUGACCCCCGUCUACAAUUGCCUUUUUCAGCAUUAAUUGCAGGCCCUUCAAACAGUGGUAAAACUUUUUUUGUAAAAAGUAUUUUAGAGAAUUCUGAACAUGUGUUAUCUCAAAAGCCUGACAAUAUUGUAUGGUGUUAUUCAUGUUACCAACCUCUGUAUGAUGAA